AUGGACGUGGAUUCCGAUAUCGCCGCCGAGUCGGUGGCCCGAGUGUACGCGGACGUGAACAACCUGAUGCCGCCAUCGUACUGGGACUACGACAAGCUGGCGCUCAAAUGGGGUCAGCAGGACAACUACGAAAUCAUCAAGAAAAUCGGCCGAGGCAAAUACUCGGAGGUGUUUGAGGGCAUCAACAUUGUGUCCAAAGAGCUGGUGGUGAUCAAGGCGCUCAAGCCCGUCAAGCGCAAGAAGAUCAAGCGAGAAGUCAAGAUUCUGCAAAAUCUCGCAGGAGGACCCAACAUCAUCUCGCUGCUGGAAACGGUGCGAGACCCGCAGAGCAAAAUGCCGGCCUUCAUCUUCGAACACGUGCAGAACCUCGACUUCCGGGCGCUGUACCCCAAAUUCACAGACUAUGACAUUCGCUACUACAUGUACGAGCUGCUAAAGGCCAUCGACUACAGCCACUCCAAGGGCAUCAUGCACCGGGACGUGAAGCCACACAAUGUCAUGAUUGACCACGAGAAGCGCAAGCUGCGCCUCAUUGACUGGGGCUUGGCCGAGUUCUACCACGCGGGCACCGAAUACAACGUCAGAGUGGCCUCGCGGUACUUCAAGGGACCCGAGCUGCUGGUCGACUUCCAGCUCUACGACUACUCCUUGGACCUGUGGUCCUACGGCGCCAUGUUUGCCUCCAUGAUUUUCAAAAAGGAGCCUUUCUUCCAUGGUACCUCCAACACGGACCAGCUGGUGAAAAUCGCACGGGUGCUGGGAACAGAAAAGCUCUGGGACUAUCUGGAAAAGUACAAUAUUGAGCUCGGAGCCGAGUACGACGACAUUGGAACCUACCCCGCCCGACCCUGGAGCAAGUUUGUCAACGUGGACAACGAGGCCUACAUUAGCCAAGAAGCGAUACAUUUACUGGAUAACCUGCUGAGAUACGACCAUCAGGAGAGACUGACUGCCAAGGAGGCCAUGGCGCACGAUUACUUCAAGCCCGUCAGAGUUAGAGAAGAGGGCGAGCAGGAAUAG